UCCGUCCUGUCCUCCAAGUUUGAUUUGUGCGUGUCGUGGGGGAAAUGGCUCGGUCUGCGCUCCGACGUCUCAUGGCGGAGUACAAGCAACUCACGCUGAAUCCUCCCGAAGGAAUUAUCGCAGGUCCGAUCAAUGAGGAGAAUUUCUUCGAAUGGGAAGCGAUGAUCACCGGACCAGAGGGCACAUGCUUCGAAGGAGGCGUGUUUUCCGCCAAACUGACGUUCCCGCCAGACUAUCCUCUUGCUCCUCCGAAAAUGCAAUUCACUUGCGAAAUGUAUCACCCGAAUAUUUAUCCGGAUGGACGGGUCUGCAUAUCUAUUCUGCACGCCCCGGGUGAGGACCCCAUGGGCUACGAAUGCUCCUCGGAGCGUUGGAGUCCCGUUCAGUCCGUGGAGAAAAUCCUUCUUUCCGUUAUUUCAAUGUUGGCGGAACCAAACGUAGAGUCUGGAGCGAACGUUGAUGCUGCGAAGAUGUGGCGCGAGGAUCGAGAUCAGUUCAACCGAAUCGCCGAUCACCUUGUCCGAAAAUCACUCGGUCUACCGGAUACGUUCUCCAAGGUCUAGGAGCUCCUCGCAGUUCGAACGGAGUUCCCUACCCGGGAUUUCACUCCGUCCCUGCCAAAUUCGAGGACAAGGAUGACAAUGAACGAUUCGGAACAGCGUGGCACGACCUGGACACCUCAAUGGGGGAGAAACGGGGCGAGCUCCAGGCAGCAAGGAACUCGACGAGGGAUGUCACGGCUGUGAGGAACCAUAAGCCAUGUUGAGGACGUUUUUGUACAGAAUCGCAGCCGUUAUACUGAUCGAAUGUAUAUUUUCACAACAGCACGAGAGAAUGAUCAGUGGGAGUCGAUAAAAAACCCCGAAAUCAUCCUGAGAAGGAGAACGG